GCCAUCACCCCGAUCCUCACCACCUCCCACGUCCAUCUCAUCCGCACAUAUUGUCGCCAUGGCAUCAAGGCGGCUCGCUCUCAAUCUCAAGCAAGCUGUCCGGAGUAAAGCUGCUCUCAGCGCGAUUCGGCCUCAAAGAGCGUUUGCAUCACCUGUCAGUCACGGAGCCAUCACGGAAAGCACGACUUUGAGCAACGGCUUCACGAUUGCGACUGAACACUCUCCAUGGGCGCAGACCUCGACUGUUGGUGUUUGGAUUGAUGCUGGAAGCCGCGCAGAGACAGACAAGACCAAUGGCACUGCACACUUUCUUGAGCAUCUUGCUUUCAAGGGCACGCAAAAACGCACUCAACAACAGCUAGAGCUGGAGAUCGAAAACAUGGGUGGUCACCUCAAUGCAUACACAUCUCGCGAAAAUACCGUUUAUUUCGCCAAGUCGUUCAACUCUGACGUUCCUCAGACGGUGGACAUCCUCUCCGACAUCCUCCAAAACUCGAAGCUCGAGCCAAGCGCCAUCGAGAGAGAGCGCGAUGUAAUCCUUAGGGAGCAAGAAGAGGUCGACAAACAAUUAGAGGAAGUCGUAUUUGAUCACUUGCACGCCACCGCUUUCCAAGGACAGCCUUUAGGCCGCACCAUCUUGGGUCCAAAGGAGAACAUCGAGAGCAUCUCGCGCGAUGAUCUCACCAGUUACAUCAAAACCAAUUACACUGCUGAUCGCAUGGUUCUCGUGGGUGCCGGCGGCAUUCCCCAUCAGGAACUCGUAAAACUUGCCGAAAAAUACUUUGCAAACGUUCCUACUUCUCCAUCUGCAACUGGAGCUCAUCCCGCUAUUCAAAAAGCCAAGCCCGACUUUGUUGGCUCAGAAGUCCGUAUUCGCGAUGACACUUUGCCCACCGCCAACAUUGCUCUCGCUGUCGAAGGCGUUAGCUGGAAGGACGACGACUACUUUACCGGACUUGUCACGCAGGCUAUUGUCGGUAACUGGGAUCGGGCCAUGGGCAACUCUCCAUAUCUCGGCAGUAAAUUAAGCACUUUUAUGCACCAGUGGCGUCUCGCAAACAGCUUCAUGAGCUUCUCAACCAGCUACAGUGACACUGGUCUUUGGGGUAUCUACCUUGUUUCUGACCAAUUCGACCGCCUCGACGACCUUGUCCACUUCACGUUGAAGGAGUGGUGUCGCCUUUCUUACCAGGUCUCAGAAGCCGAAGUCGAGCGUGCUAAGGCUCAGCUCAAGGCCUCGAUUCUCCUGUCCCUUGACGGGACUACUGCUGUAGCCGAAGAUAUUGGCAGGCAAAUUAUUACUACCGGUCGGCGUCUAAGCCCCGAGGAGGUCGAGCGUGUUGUCGGACAGAUUACAGCGAACGACGUUAUGGAAUUUGCUCGCAGAAGAUUAUGGGACCGCGACCUGGCCAUCUCGGCCGUCGGCAAGAUUGAAGGUCUCUUCGAUUACCAGCGUAUCCGUGGAAACAUGAGUCUCAACAUUUCAUAGAGAAAAAUCGCGUACGAAGGAAGUAUAGAGGAUGGCUUGUAACCUGUGUAAAUUUAGCACGCUGAAAUUUCCCUUAAUUGUACAGUCAAGAAAACGUCUGGUGCAAACUUUGAGCGAAUCGUCCACAGACAUAUCUGGAUCCUGAACCAUCGUGUGGCCGGGACUGACGAACUGAGGACUUCUCUGUGAGUUGCCUGACAGGCGAUAUUUCUACAGAAGACGGCGGAGGGCCACUUGUACAGACGUACGAUUGUAGCGGGACAUGUUGUGGGCUAC